GUGUGUGUGUGUGUGUGUGUGUGUGUGUGGAGGGGGAGGGCUGACCAGGAGGUUUCUGCUCAACAACAGUCCAGUUUAGGUCAGUCGGCGUCAUGACCUCCAGGCUGUGCUUGUCUGUGUGUUGCUGGCUCUUGGUGUGGACGUCUGAAGCAGGAAGACAAAUGCCUAAACUCUCCGACAGGAAGUUGUGCGCCGACUCCGACUGCAGCUACCCCAUCCUGAUGGCCCGUGCGGUGCAGGACUUCUACCCCGGCGACUGCAGGUUCAUCCCCAUCAGACAGGGGGAGCUGGUCUACGUCUACGCCAUGUUGAAGGACAGAGGGAACCUGUUCUGGGCCGGCAGCGACUCCUAUUAUGGCCAGCAGGAGGCGCGCAUCGGCCACUUCCCCAGCAGUGUAGUGGAGGAGACGCAUCUGCUGAUGGAAGCCAACACUGAAGUUAGGACUACUAAAUGGGACUUCUACUGUAACUGAGAACCCAGACCUCGGCCUCAGUUCUGGUUCUGGUUCUGGUUCUGGUUCUUCUGGGUCAGCGCUGAAGACUCCUCUUCACAAAUAUAUGAUCAUUGGUCUAAAAAACCAUUAGCCUUCCUCUGAAAUGACGUCACUACACAUUUUAUUCACUGAUCAAGUGGCUCCCUCUACAGGCUUGUAUGGAGAACUGCAGUCUACUAGAGUAUUUCCAAACAUCUAACUUCACUCCUCAUUCCCUCACCUUCAGUACAUCCAUGUACUCUCUGUGUACUCUCUGUGUACUCUCCGUGUACUCUCCGUGUACUGGCUGACUAUACUGUAGUGAUGGAACUUCAGACUACUGUAUGUCUAACAGUGUAUUACUACUGUGAUGACGUCAUCAGUCCAUAUAAAAACAAUGUAUUUCUGUAUAUCAGUAGAACAUGACAAAUUAUAAUUCAUGAAAAAUAAAAAUCUUUUUGCACAGCA